CAAAGCCCUAAUUUUUAAAUUGACCAGCUUACAUUGCAAUUCCCUAUUGCGAGAAACAAAAUUUACCUGGUGAGUGACAGGCUUCAUUUCAGAUUCUGAUGGACGGAUUCCCCUAGAAAAGCAGCCUCUACCUCUCAUCUCAGUGACCUCUCGCCUCUCAUCGGCUCUUUUCACUUUUCUCCCUUCGUUCCUCGGUUCUCUUCCAUCCAUCAGAGCCUCACGUGGUCAUGCCAACUUCUCACGCUCCCUUGCAAGCUCGCAGAUCCAGUCUCGUCAUUCUCUCGUCGCUGCUUCCUUCUCUCUGGUCUUAUUGUGUUUGAUUUCCUCAUUACUUUGGGUUGGUAAAAAAAUCGAAGUUUGUGAUUGGAGACCUUGAGCUCUUGUCGAGUUACAGUUGCAAGGGCAGUUUGGAUUUGGGAAUCUUGAAGAUCCAAGCAAUUUCCACUCCAAAAUUAAUUUUCUGGUUGGUGGUAUUGCUAACUUUGAUGAUUUUGUGCUGUUAGCCAGUUUCCUUUUCUUUACAAGAUGAGCAACCAAUAUGUUGAUGAUCAUGAAGACACAACUGUAAUGGGAUUUGAAGUUCCAAAAUCUCCUGAUUCAAGUUACAACAAUGCCUACCCUGGGAAUGAAGAUGAGGCACGGGACCCACCUCUAGUCCCUCCGCACCUGCAGCACACCUUGCUUAGCUACCCAGCAAGUGUGGACAGUUCUGAAACUAUUCCUGCUCCGCAGAAUGUAAUUCUCAACCAUCUUUACAUCGAGAAUCGGGAGGCCCCACGUUCAGUGGUGGCCCUUGGUUUUACUCACCGCUUCCGUUCAAAAUAUGUUACUGUUGUGCUAUACAAACCGGUUCAGAGGAGGGGGAGUACCAGCACUUAAAUAUGCAUAUAAUAUAAAAUAUAAACCUUAAUUAGAAUUGGUCUCAUUGCCCUGAUUGUGAUGGAAUUAGUUUGUGAUAGUUUGUGAUUGGCUGAAAUACGAAAUUAGCCAGAGAAAAUAUUUAUUGUCUCACAGCAGCUCAUGGAAUUGAGUUUGUUGUACUGGAGUUUUCUACUUGAAUUAUCAUUUCUGUCGUGAGGGUAGAUUUGCUAUGCACAUAAAGUUCUCAAUUCACAUUCUUUCAACUGGUGUAUGGUGUGGUUUAGUAUGUAGCAUUUUUUUUUU